AUGAAGGAGUACAACCAGAAGACUCGCAUGCAGGGUGCGGCGGGUAAGCCACCCGGCAAAAAGCCUGCGGUUGUGACAGGCAAGUGGUACAUGAAGGCGUGGCCUUGA